CCACCCGGCUCCGUGCCGCGGGGGGGCGAGCCGCAGGGCGGCAGCCUCCCGCCACCCCCCCUCCCUCCCGCCGCAGUGGGAGGUGCCGCGCAUCCCGGAAGAGGUGAUCAGCCACUUCCGCCUGCCAGGACCGGAGCGCCGCUGCCACCAUGACUGCCACACUGCGCCCGUACCUGAAUGCGGUGCGCGCCACGCUGCAGGCCGCGCUGUGCCUGGAGAACUUCUCCUCGCAGGUGGUGGAGCGGCACAACAAACCCGAGGUGGAAGUCAGGAGCAGCAAAGAGCUGCUGUUGCAGCCGGUGAUCAUCAGCAGGAACGAGAAGGAGAAGGUCCUCAUCGAGGGCUCUAUUAACUCCGUGCGCGUCAGCAUCGCGGUGAAGCAGGCUGAUGAGAUCGAGAAGAUCUUGUGUCACAAAUUCAUGCGCUUUAUGAUGAUGAGGGCUGAGAACUUCUUUAUCCUGCGCAGGAAGCCCGUGGAGGGUUAUGACAUCAGCUUCUUGAUCACGAACUUCCACACGGAGCAGAUGUACAAGCACAAGCUGGUGGACUUUGUCAUCCACUUCAUGGAGGAGAUCGAUAAGGAAAUCAGUGAGAUGAAACUCUCUGUCAAUGCAAGGGCCCGCAUCGUGGCAGAGGAGUUCCUUAAGAACGUUUGGGACAAGGGCACUGUGGGGCAUCCUGGGACUGGGCGGUGCAGCUGGAACACUGGCACAAGGCUCAGCAGGUCAGAAACUGCCCUUUCAAAGGCCCGAAGCUUGGUCAGGCAGAAGCAGGCAGGGCACUCAGCAGCCAUCAUCACCAACCACUAUGUUGGCUGCCAGCGCUCAUUUAAGCUCGAGCAGCUCAAGAAGGCCAAGCUGCGUGUGGAGAUGGCCAUUAAGGAGAAGAAGAUCUUCGUGGUACAGGGCCCCUACCCCAUCAUCCGCCGCCUGCUGCGAGCCCGGGGCUGGGUGGAGAGGAAGCUCCCUGGCACGGGCAGACAGCUGGAGCAGCAUUGUGGUGACCAAAACAAGCAGCGGCUGGAGACAGGGCCAAGUAAUGGUGGUGGUGGGCAGGGAGAGGCACUGCUGAACCCACGUGGUGGAGCACAGCAUUUUCUGGGGACCACAGACCCCCAGCACCACCCAUGGCUACCUGCUGAGGAGGAGGAAGAGAAGGAGGAAGAGCAGUGUGAUGAUGACCCCAGUGGCAUCCAUGACCUCAUGUCCUACCUGGUGCGGUACCAGUUGCCAAACUUCAUCUGGACCGACUUCCUGGAAGCUACUGACCGUCAGCUGCUGCAGCAGGACAACGUGGUGAACCACUACUCCCGGGUGGAUGCGUUCACCACCAAGGAGGGGCUAUGCCUCAGCCUACAAAACCUGCCAUGGAUUGAGCAAGCUGACCCCAACACCUUCUUCCCCCGGUGCUACCGGCUGGGGAACAUGGACGAGCGAGAAGCUUUCAUUGAUGAUUUCCGCCUGACAGCAGCACGCAGCCUGCUCAAACUGGCCCUGGAGGGGGCUGGGGACAUGCCAGUGAGGACUGAGCAGGUCCCAAACUCUGCCAAGGGGGCAGCAUGGUCAGGCUGCCCCCUGUACCCUGAGUUGGUGGAGGAAGCCCUGGAGGUCUGUAAGGAGCACCUGAGUGUUCUGCAGCACCAGGACAUUGACAGGAGCACCCCGUCCCCCUGCAGGACAUGCAUUGACUGGGACCACUUCCUGCGGGAAUACUACCGUGUGGCACAUGAGGGGGCAGAGCUGGUGCUGACCAGGCAGCAGCGGAAGCAGUGCCAGAACCUGCUGCAGCGCCUGGCAGAGCAGCUGCCCCAGCUUGACAUGGAGGGCAAGCUCAACGUCUGGAUCAUCAAGCCUGGUGCUGAAUCCCAAGGCAGGGGCAUUGUCUGCACGACACGGCUGGAGGAGGUGCUGGGGCUGGCGUGGAGCUGCACAGCACCCUCGGUGCAGAUGGGCAAGUGGGUGGUACAGAAGUACGUGGAGCGGCUGCUGACCAUUUUUGGCACCAAAUUCGACAUCCGGCAAUGGUUUGUUGUGACUGACUGGAAGCCACUGACUGUCUGGUUCUACCAAGACUGCUACCUGCGCUUCUGCUCCUGGCCCUUCUCCCUGCAUCACCUGGAGCGUGCCAGGCACCUCUGCAAUGUCUCUGUCCAGAAGUGGUACAAGACAUCACCAGACCAGGACCCCCGUGUGCCCCCUGACAAGAUCUGGUCCAACAAGCAGUUCCAGGAAUACCUGGCACAGAUGGGGCAGGCAGAUGCUUGGCACCAGGUGCUGGUGCCUGGCAUGAAGGCAGCAAUCCUGAAUGCUCUGCGCAGCGCCCGGGAUCGGGUGGGCUUCCGCAAGGGCAGCUUCGAGCUCUAUGGGGCUGACUUUCUUGUUGGGGAGGACCUCCAGCCCUGGCUGCUGGAGAUCAACUCCUGCCCCACCAUGAGCCCCUCCUCAGCAGUGACCCGACGGCUCUGUGCCAACGUCCAGCGGGACACGCUGCGCCUCGUGCUCGAUCGCAAGGAAAACCCCACCUGUUCCAUUGGAGCAUUUGAGCUCAUCUACAGGGAGGCACCUGUGCCCAAGCCUCUGUCAGUGCGUGUGAAGCUGAUGGUCAGAGGCUGUUCCCUGAAGAAGCUCCAGCCAGCAGAGCAGCAAGCCCAGGAGAAGCCCCCCAUCGCUGUGGCCAAGGCCCUCCACCACCCUGUGUCCCCAGGGGCUAGAGCCACCCAUGUACCCAAGCAAGCAUGGCAUCAAUUCCCUACCACUGUGCCUUGUGCUCCCAGGCUCCUCCAGGGGACAGAACCAGGGGGCAGAACCACCCAGGUGUUGCAGAGAGCACGGCGUCGAUCUCCCACCAUCGGUGUGCCCAGUGCCUCCAAGUCAUCUGUGGCCCCGUGGGGCAGAACCACUCAGGUGCCCCAGAGAGCACGGCGUCGAUCUCCCACCAUAACUGCGCUCAGUGCCUCCAAAUCGUCUGUGGCCCCACGGGGCAGACCCACCCAGGUGCCCCAGAGAGCACGGCGCCGAUCUCCCACUAUCACUGUGCCCAGCGCCUCCAAGUUGUCUGUGGCCCCACGGGGCAGAACCACCCAGGUGACCCAGCCCAGAGCAGCAACAGCGAAGCUGCCUCCUCUGAAGCACUGGAGCCGCUGCUCUUCUCCCAGCUCUGACCCCUCAGCACCACCACAGCCUUGGGCCUCCUCUGCUGCGAGCCAGGAGUUGCCAAGGUUCAGUCGCCCACCUGGUCAGCUCCGGAUCAAUGGCAUUCCCCUGGAUUGGGUGCCUGUUCCACCACCCCGGGGAACUCCCAGCAACCCCUGGCUAUCCCAGGGCUGUGCACGCUCCUUCCCUCCUGCCAAGCCCCUGCGACCACCUUUGUCCGCAUAGAGCGCCACAACCCCAUUCCUGGAGCAGAAGCACACAGCAGCUCCCAAUGGGAUGCAGAAGACUUGGGAUGCUGAGACACCCCCAGGAGUGGACAGCACCCUGCCUGUCCUUGCUGGGCCAACAUUGCAGUACCACGCUACCUCUCAUCCCAAAGAGCUCCUGCUGCUGUGC